AUGGCCGCUAACGGAAGUGAGUUGGAAGUCCUUGGGUGUGGAGCAUUCAAACCAGAGGGGUGCAAGGAUGUCUACUUUGAGACGGGCCUCUAUGAGUCUCAGGUGAUGCCAUUUGGGUUGACAUCUGCCCCAGCCACCUUUGAGCGGCUUAUGGAGACAGUACUGGCUGGAUUACAAUGGAAUAUUUGUCUCAUCUAUCUUGAUGAUGUAAUUGUGAUAGGAAAGAAUUUUGAGGACAUGCUACAAAACCUGUCAACUGUGUUCGACAGACUUCUUGCUGCUGGUCUGAAGCUUAAGACAAAGAAAUGCCAACUGUUUGCUAAAGAAGUGACCUAUCUUGGGCAUGUGAUUUCCGAGAAGCGGAUAGCUACAAAUGGUGAAAAGGUGAAGAUAGUGAAGCAGUGGCCUGUACCAAUCAACCUUAUGGAAUUGAGAUCAUUCCUUGGAUUUUGUGGAUACUACCGGACACUUGUACGAAGAUUUUCUCGCAUUGCAAGUUGUCUACAUGAACUGACGAAGACAGACAAACAUUUUGAAUGGACUGAAGUUUGUCAUGUGGCUUUCGAAAACCUGAAGCAAUGUUUAAUUGGUGAUCCAAUACUCGCCCGACCAGACUUCACACAACCUUUCAUCCUUGACACCGACGCAAGUGAUAAAUCAAUCGGUGCAGUUUUAUCUCAAAGCAUUGAUGGAGUUGAGAGACCUGUCGCUUAUGCAGGACGUACACUGACCAAAUCCGAAAAGAGAUACUGUGUCACACGAAAGGAAUUACAAUGUGGGUUUGACCCAAUGUGGGAGAAAAACAAGAUCAAGGACAAAAAGUACGCUCAGAUGGUAUCCAGGAAGAUGUUUGUGAAGGACGCUCUGAAGACGAGAAUCAAAAGGAGGAGUUGUCGCUUCAACAGAAGCAGAAAAAGGAUCUCGUGCAGUAAACGCAAGAGUCCAUGCAAAACCAAGCGAGCACCAAUGCAGAUUCUGGAGUCAGGCUUUCCUAUGGAAAAGAUAGCAAUAGAUAUUAUCUGCGAACUCCUAAGUACAAAGAUGGGUAACCGCCAUAGCUUAGUGGUAUCUGAUUAUUAUACUAAGUGGACAGAGAGUUUUGCAAUGCCGAAUAUGGAAGCUCAAACUGUUGCCAAAGUACUUGUUGAGGAGGUGAUAUCUAGGUUUGGUGUUCCUUACAACAUUCAUUCUGAUCAAGGGUCUCAGUUUGAAAGUUCUGUAAUUAAAGAGGUGUAUUUACUUCUACAAAUAAACAAGACGCAUACGACUCCCUAUCAUCCAAAGUCCGAUGGAAUGGUAGAACGGUUUAACAAGACACUUGUAGCCAUGCUUAGUGCCUUUGUGAACGAACAUCAGACCGAUUGGGAUGAACACUUGCUGUAUAUGAUGAUGGCGUAUCGCUCUACAGAAGAUGAGACGACGGGGAACUCGCUGAAUAGCAUGAUGUUGGGAAGGGAAACAAACACUCCAUUAGAUAUUUAG